AAUUCACUGGCAUGCUCCGUGGUAGACAUACUCCCACUCUACCUCCCCCUUUCCUCCGUUCCAACUGCUGUGUUGCGGGAUUUGGUCCGAGUCUGGGCAGAGCCCCCUCUUUAUUGAACAGCUCUUCAGAUUCUGUUACAGCAAGCAAGUCUGGUGAAAGGGGUCCUUGCCUUCCCAACGCACACAAAGACAAGGAGCUCCUUAAAGGGACCCGCGAGCGCCUCUGUGCUACUGCAAAACCAUAUCAGUGCGGGCUCCACCACCCAUCGCCCCAUCGCCGGGUUAGAAUGAGUAAGAAGGGGUCCUGAGGAGCCCCCACAUCCUCUCGGAGUGGGGCAGGGAGGGAACUGAUAGCCCGAGUGGAUGGAGACCAUCAGUCCCCGGGGAUCAUCGGUUUGUGAUUAGCUGCUUUGAGGGAUGCUCUGCGCCCGUUCAGCCUUCAGCCUGUGGUCCAGAGGGUGCUCAGGCACAUCUUGCGGUAUGCCUGCGUGGAUUUGAGCCAUCGCCCAGAGGCGAGUCCGCAUUCAGACAGGGCGGACAGGUUCGGCAGGACUGCAUGCAGUCAUCAUGAAUGCUCAGCUCUAGACUUCAGCAAAAGCUUCCCGGCUACAUGGAUCAGUCUGUGUAAUCGGCAGAGAUUACUGCCCAGGAAGAUUUGCCAGCCUGAUCCAAACCCCGGCUGCUGUGCCAACUUCAGGGCUGACUGUUUACUUCUCUGGGUCCCCGGGAACUCUGUCCUGCCACUUUGCGGGCUCUGAAGUCAGCCGCGAGGACUCCGCUGACGGCAUCCACAGCAAAGAGGAGCAAGGAGGGGUUAAAAUACGAGCAGAAACCCCCCAACUGCUCAACCUCUCGUGACUGCCUGUGUGCUGGGGUUCUGAGAGGGACCGUGCGCUGCCCAGGGAAGCAAUGCAAGUCUCUAUAGCCUGCACAGAGCACAAUUUGAAGAGUCGGAAUGGUGAGGACCGACUUCUGAGCAAGCAGAGCUCCACCGCCCCCAAUGUGGUGAACGCAGCUCGGGCCAAAUUCCGCACGGUCGCUAUCAUCGCGCGCAGCCUGGGGACCUUCACCCCUCAGCACCACAUUUCUCUCAAAGAGUCCACGGCAAAGCAGACUGGCAUGAAAUAUAGGAAUCUUGGAAAAUCAGGACUCAGAGUUUCUUGCUUGGGUCUUGGAACAUGGGUGACAUUUGGAGGUCAAAUUUCAGAUGAGGUUGCUGAGCGGCUGAUGACAAUUGCUUAUGAAAGUGGAGUCAAUCUCUUUGAUACUGCUGAGGUCUAUGCAGCUGGAAAGGCUGAAGUGAUACUGGGGAGCAUCAUCAAGAAGAAAGGCUGGAGGAGGUCAAGCCUGGUCAUAACAACCAAACUCUACUGGGGUGGAAAAGCUGAAACGGAAAGAGGGUUGUCAAGAAAACAUAUUAUCGAAGGAUUGAAGGGCUCCCUCCAGAGGUUGCAGCUUGAGUAUGUGGAUGUUGUCUUUGCAAAUCGACCAGACAGUAACACCCCCAUGGAAGAAAUCGUUCGAGCCAUGACACAUGUGAUAAACCAAGGGAUGGCGAUGUACUGGGGCACCUCACGGUGGAGUGCAAUGGAGAUCAUGGAAGCCUAUUCAGUAGCAAGACAGUUUAAUAUGAUCCCACCCGUCUGUGAACAAGCUGAGUACCAUCUUUUCCAGAGAGAGAAGGUGGAGGUUCAGCUACCGGAACUCUACCAUAAAAUAGGGGUUGGAGCAAUGACAUGGUCUCCACUUGCCUGUGGAAUCAUCUCAGGGAAAUAUGGAAAUGGGGUACCUGAAAGUUCCAGAGCUUCACUGAAGUGCUACCAGUGGUUGAAGGAAAGAAUUGUAAGUGAAGAAGGGAGAAAGCAGCAAAACAAGCUAAAAGACCUUUCCCCAAUUGCCGAGCGUCUGGGAUGCACACUACCUCAGCUCGCUGUGGCGUGGUGCCUGAGAAAUGAGGGUGUGAGUUCUGUGCUCCUGGGAUCAUCCACUCCUGAGCAACUUAUUGAAAACCUCGGUGCCAUUCAGGUUCUCCCGAAGAUGACAUCACAUGUGGUAAAUGAGAUCGAUAACAUUUUGCGCAACAAGCCCUACAGCAAAAAGGAUUAUAGAUCAUAAGGCAAUGCAUGAGCCCCAGGAGCUGCAUGGUUAAAAUAGCGGUCUGUACCGGUACAGGUCGGUGUUCCUAGCCAGUCUUACGAGUCACUUAGCAGCCUGCUGCUCAGCCUCUAGUGUCCCUGGAUUCUCUGAGGUGUCUGCUGUCGCUACCACUGUGCACCUGAAUUAAGAGCACAUCUGAAAACUCACAACCAAGAAAAUCCAUUCUAUUUUCUUAUCUUGGACUGGAGUCGCCUAUCCUUGCAUUGCUCUGUGCACCUCAUGCUUAUGCAAUGGAGACUAGAUGGUGGGGAAAGAUGUAUGGAGUGGGGAGGGUUACCUUCAAGCAUCUGGUAACUUGAAGUCUGUACAGACAUAUUUUUUUUCAAUGAACAAAAUCCAUAAAUGCAAUGUG